CUGAUCCGUCUCUCGCUCCUCUGUGUCGCGUGGCAUCUCCUUUUUACACUAAACCGCCGGGUUGGAAUUUUCAUCUCUCUCUCUCUCUCUCUCUCUCUCUCGCCUGUGGAAGCUCUGUUUCCUGCAAGCUAUUCAACCAGUGCCCGAUUAUCAAAAACAGGUGUCUUAUGUUGAUUUAUCAUUCUCUGCUCUGAAUCCUGAUAUCAAAAUCAUGUACUCCAAUGGUUAUACUGCCGAAGUUACAAGUCUGCCUGCUAGGGCAACGGAGAAGGAUGUUUAUGACUUCUUCAUUCACUGUGGCAUUAUUGAUCACAUUGAAAUCAUCAGAGCUGGUGAAUAUGCUUGUUCUGCAUAUGUGACUUUUAAAGAUGCUUAUGCUCUUGAAACUGCCAUCUUGCUCAGUGGGGCUAAAAUUGUAGAUCAAUGUGUACAUAUAUCACGCUGGAGAUCAGACACAGAUGAGACUUUUCUUUGGGAUGAGCAUUCAUGGAAGCUUAAUGAUGAAAAUAGCUCAAUGGCAACUCAUUUGAGCCAACACGUCUCUACGCCAGGGGAAGCUGUUACCGUGGCACAGGAAGUAGUAAAAACCAUGGUAGCCAAGGGAUAUGUUUUGGGCAAAGAUGCAUUGAUCAAGGCCAAAGCUUUAGAUGAGUCCUAUCAGAUCUCAGCAACUGCAGCCGCUAAAGUUGCAGGGUUCAGCGAUAAAAUUGGGCUUACAGAAAAGAUUUGUGUGGGCAUGGAAGUUGUCAAGUCUGUGGAUGAAAGGUACCAUGUCUCAUCGGUCACCAAAUCGGCUGCUGUGUUUACAGGGAGAGCUGCAGUAACAACAGGGAGAACAGCUGCAGCUGCUGCAAAUGCUGUGGUUAACAGCAGCUACUUUGCUAAGGGGGCUCUUUGGGUUUCAGAUGUUCUCACUCAUGCUGCGAAGGUUGCAGCUGAUGUGGGACAUCGUGGGAGUGAGAAGUAAAAUUAAAGGUUGACAACGGUGAAAAGUAGGCACUUCCUUUUGCUUGAUUAUAAUAAUGAGGCAUUGGGGCAUUGGGGUUGUAUAUAAGUGAAUGGUCUUCUAUUGUGUAUCAAUGUAUCUUAGCAUUCUUCCUUCUUGUUGAUCAGGUGAACUUGCAGUUCACUGCUUUGCGGGAAUUCCUUCCAUUUAUUUGUCGAAAUGUUUUGAAGAUUCUUAGAGAUGCUUGACAGUUGCAUAUGAAACAGUGAACACCUGCAGCAGCGUUCAAGCA